ACUUAGAAAGUCCACAAAUUAUAUAUUUCUAAAAUUAGCACUGCCUUAUUUGGGAGUCAGAACUGCCUUCCCAGUACUCUUGAAGCAAACUUUGGCAGUCGCGGUAGUUGAUGGGGACUGCCGUGCUCGUGUGCUGGCAGGUGGGGAUGGUCUUUGGCUCUCUUGUCUCUCCCCCCCACACCUAUACUUUUCAUGCUGCUCCAGGUUUCUUUAAUCACAGCAUUCAAGAACCUGAAAUAUUUGUUCAUAUGUAGGGGUUAAGUGAGACGACUAACUCACCAUUUCAUAAUAACUUUAUCUUUGCAGAUAACUUCCACUUGCAUCCCCAAAUAAUUUGUUUUCAGAGAAGGCGCAUUGUUUCUCUACCCCUAGCUCCUAGUCCCAAAGGCCUUCCGUGGACUCCCAGCCUAGGUUGCUUCCCGCUGUCUGUGUCUAGUACAGGCCCAGCUGGCCAACUCCCAGCUUCCGCCUGCAGUGCGAGCCUUGCAUAGAUUCUACUUUCACUUUUUUUGCCCCAUUCUUCCUAACUAAAAUCAUAACCUCACGGGCUGAGGAUAUAGCUCAGUUGGUAGAGUGCCUGCUUUGCAUGCACAAGGCCCUGGGUUCAAUCCCCAGCACCACCAAAAAAAAUCAUAAUCUCUCCUUCAAGACCAGCUUUAGGUCCCCAUGUAUUCCAUGAAGUGCCCCUGGGUGCUCUGGCCCUCCUUAACAUCCACACACUUCCUUAAUUAUUGAAUGCAAGCCAGCCUUGUCUCUCCAGCCUAGCAGAGGGCUCUGUGGGGGGAAGAAGCUUGUGGUCCUGAAACCCCAGAGCCAUGCCGGGCGCCAAUGUACUCUGUGAAUGUGGAUGGUUAGCCUGGAGUCGGUGAACUUCAACAAGUGCAUAAGCCCACUCAGGGAAGAUUGGGAGAUUUCUUGAAGAGGGAGUAAUUAGUCCCAAGAUUAAUCCAGAAUGUGUUCUGGGUAGGGUGAAGCCGAGCCUUGCCCCCACCUUCCAUCCCAGGUGCUUGCCCCCAGCCACACCUGGCAGCGCAGUUGGCUUCUUAAAAGUGGCCCCAAGGCAAGGGAGGGGGCUGGCGAGAAGCAGGAGGAUGAGCGCAGAGCUUGGGCGGCGUCGGCAGCAGCAGCAGCAGCAGCAGCAGCAGCAACAACAACCCCGGGGCCGCAGGAGGUGGAGCUCUGGGGACAAAAAGUCCAAAAAACGUAGCCGGCGCAAAGAGACGUAUUCAAUGUAUAUCUACAAGGUGCUGAAGCAGGUGCACCCGGAUAUCGGCAUCUCUGCCAAGGCCAUGAGCAUCAUGAACUCCUUUGUGAACGAUAUUUUUGAGCGGCUGGCUGGUGAAGCUGCCCGGCUGGCCCAGUACUCAGGCCGGACAACCCUGACUUCCCGGGAAGUCCAGACAGCCGUGCGUCUGCUGUUACCUGGGGAGCUGGCCAAGCAUGCUGUCUCAGAGGGCACCAAGGCUGUCACCAAGUACACCAGCUCCAAGUGACCAGGGCCUGCCAUAAAUAAAGGGUGACCUGU